GUACCUUUUAGUGACGUCAACAGAAAUAAUGUUUUCGAGGGUGGUUCCGUUGUGAAUUUUAGAGAAGAUGGCAAAAACAUAUGAUUACCUGUUUAAACUCUUAUUAAUAGGGGACAGUGGUGUUGGGAAAACAUGUGUGCUUUUUAGGUUUUCUGAGGAUGCUUUUAAUUCAACGUUUAUUUCAACAAUAGGUAUUGAUUUUAAAAUAAGGACAAUAGAAUUAGAUGGUAAAAAAAUUAAGUUACAAAUAUGGGACACUGCGGGACAAGAGAGGUUUCGUACCAUCACUACAGCUUACUACAGGGGUGCCAUGGGAAUAAUGCUUGUGUAUGACAUCACAAAUGAGAAGUCUUUUGAAAAUAUCCGAAACUGGAUUCGCAAUAUUGAGGAGCACGCCUCUCAGGAUGUGGACAAGAUGAUUCUGGGUAACAAAUGUGACAUGAACGACAAGAGAGUGGUCUCUAAGGAGAAGGGUGAAGCUCUGGCAAUAGAACAUGGCAUCAAGUUUAUGGAGACUAGUGCCAAAGCUAGCAUUAAUGUGGAGGAGGCCUUCUUUACAUUAGCCAGGGACAUCAAGGCUAAAAUGGACAGGAAGUUGGAAUCCUCAAAUGCUCAGGCAAAAAAUGCAGGUGCAAUAACACCUGGUAAGACACAGGCCAAGAAGUCUGGCUGGAGGUGCACCAUAUUGUGAUGUCAGCUGGCAUUGUGAUAGGUUUUUUAAAACUGUAAACUGAUAUUUUAUUGGCUGUUGGUGAGACAGAAGAAGCUGUUGGUCAAUUUUGAACAUGUGAUAUUGAACCCUGCAACCAAUCAAAGGGUACAGUAUUCAUC